AUGACAACAGACAAGAUCAUCGCAGUGGUCGGCGCUACCGACCAACAGGGCGGCGCCGUGGCUCGGACUUUUGCUAAACUGCCUGGUUGGACGGUCCGCGGUCUCACUCGGAACGUCAACUCACAUGCCGCCAAGGCUUUGACCAAGUCAGGCAUUCACCCUAUUGCAGCAGAUCUAGACGACGUUGAGUCCCUGAAGCAAGCAUUCACAGGUGCCUCGGCUGUAUUUGGCGUCACAGACUUCUGGGGUUUCAAGGACAGACCAUCAACGGCAGCAUUGAUCACCGAGAAGGGCAUAGCCUGGCCCGAGGCGUUCUACCUGCAGGAAGUGCAACAAGGCAAGAACAUCGUAGAUGCUGCUGCUGCUCAAUUUGCGAAAGAAGGUGCUGGACUGGAACGACUCGUGUUGAGUACAAUGAGCAACGUCAAGAGAAGCAGCGGCGGAAAGUACGACUCCGUCUGGCAUUUCGACUCCAAAGCCCGCUUCGUGCAGUAUCUCGCCGAGAAGGCGAAAGAAGAGGAGGACGGGCGGGCGGACUCUGCGCUGGGGUAUGACUCGACUUACAGCCAGCUUAUAGGCAGAACCAGCUACGUGCAGAUGGGCUAUUACCUAGACAACCACAAGCUAAACCCUCUGGCUACACCGAGGAAGAACGACGACGGCCGCUACACGUUUAAUGUCAUCUCGAAUCCCGACCUAAAGACAGACCCCAAGCCGAUACCGUUCGUGCAUCCCACUACCGACCUAGGACCCUUCGUUGAAGCCUUGGUCCUCAAUGCUUCUCCAAGAACAAUUCUUCUCGGUACAUCUGAGCAGAUGCUGUUCGAGGACUAUAUCAAACUAUGGGCGAAGACACUCGGUGUCACUAGGACCCACAUCAACAAGCUGACCACAGCAGACCUAGUUCAGAUGCUAGGCAAGGAGAUGGGAGAAGAGAUGGGACAGAUGCUGUGCUACGCCGAGGAGUUUGGUUGGACUGGCGACGAAGGUGUGAGUUGUGUAUUACCGAAGGACAUCGGUGUUGAUGUAGACGCGCUUACCACGGUGAAGAAGUAUAUUCGCGAGGAGGAUUGGAGUGCUGUAGGACUAUAA